AUGGCGGCUACCAUGAAUGUCGAGAGGCCGGAAGAUGUUGCCAACCGGGUUAUGAGGAGGGUGCAAGUGUCCAAGAUGACCCGAGCGCUGCAGGACCGCCUUGCACUUGCAAACGUAAAGAUACAGAAUGGAUGGGAGAACUUGAGUCUGGACGCCAUUGAGCCGCAGGUCGAAGAGCGGCUGAGGAGAAAGAGACCGGCUUCGAGCAACAACGACACCAUCUCAGAUACUGCCUCCACCACCUCCAGCCGGCUGCAUUCCAGCAACGGCCUCGCUUCCUCCCCGAUUACCGAGCCCAUGUUCAACGACGACCUCCCACGAUCUGGCGGCAGCUUCAGAAGUAAGAGGGCAAGGCCAUCGGAUACACAAUCGUUUGCACCAUCUGGUGCUGCUACGGGCAGGCGGACGAGAUCGAAUGGUGCCCGGCAUGUCAGCUGGAAGAAGACGCACAGCCUGCCGGAAUCUUCACCGAUCAAGCAUACCAAGCACGCCCGCUUCCCCUCCAACCAACCCUCACACUUAUCCUUCAUCUCAGAAGGCUCGACCAUCGCCGACGAGCCUCCAUCGCCCGAAUUCAGCGAAGAAGACGACGCUGAUCUCCCCGUCACCAGCUUCAACCUCAACGCUUCGACCCGUAUCACCUCAUCCCCACCCACGACCCCGCCUCCAGACCGCCGUAUGAGAAAGAUUAAUGAUCUCUACUGGUCGCGCACACCAAAGACUGGCGAAGAAGGGGCGGAUCUCUUGAUGUAUCUAGCCACCUCGCCGUCCCCCGCAAAGGGUCAAGCCGAUGCCAAGACGAUCAUCCAGCCUCCUUCCACUCCGCCCUGCAAGUCCACACCACUUCCAUCCUCUCAUAUGACCCCUGGAACUGCUGGCAAUGGCUUCCCCGGCUUUGGCCCGACCACUCCCGGCACAAAUUUCUGUUUCUCCGACUUUAUCAACGUCACGCCAAGCCCAGCACAAGGUCCAUGGACUCGCACUCCUGUUGCGAGCCGGACACCCGGCGCUUCGACCCGACGACGACUCGACUUUAACAAUCUCAUGCCGCCGACCUCGAGCAGUCCCGUCAUGACCCGCAACAGCCGCAGCGAUGGCCUAGGCAUGGAACUCGGCGGCGAGCUCGUUUCCUGA